AGAAAAAAAAAUCUCUUAUCCCAAAGUUGCCAACCCUAAUUGAGAACCCUAUCAUUCUACCUCCGAACUUUUUUUUUUUUUUUUCCUCUCUCUCUCUCUCUCUCUCUCUAAACACAGCCACUGUCCUAGCAAACAAUAAACUCCUUCUCUCCUCUUGAGCUGCAGUUAGAGCUAGGGAUAUUAGAUAUUUAUUCUUCUUCUUCCUCUAUAUCUCUCUGUGGGGAAAAAGAACAAACACAGAAAAAGCAGAAGACGCAACCACGAAAGACGCGUCUUUACCGAGCAGAUUCUUUCUGCGUCAUACUAUUAUUAUCAUCUCUCAUUCUUUCCUCUAUAUAAAGCGACACCCAACUCUGAUUGUGUGGCCUCCCUUCGCUUAAUCCUCUUUAGGUUUUUAGGGGGUUUUGGCCUUUUUGGUUCUCUUUAGUGGCGGUUACAAAAACAGAGUCUUUAUGGCUGAAGAUGGUCUUGCUGUGUCCAAUGAUUUGCCUGUCAAGAGACCUAGAGAAGAUGAAGAGAAUGGGGUCUCUGCUAACACUGUCGCUAUGGAGAUGGAGGGUAACACCGACAAAAACAGUAAUAAUAAUGAUUAUAAAUCCUCUGUUAUACCUGGCUGGUUUUCUGAGAUUAGCCCAAUGUGGCCUGGAGAGGCACACUCCUUAAAAAUGGAAAAGAUCUUAUUUCAAGGGAAGUCUGACUACCAGAAUGUCAUGGUCUUUCAGUCAUCAACAUAUGGAAAGGUUCUUGUUUUGGAUGGAGUGAUUCAACUCACAGAGAGGGAUGAAUGUGCAUAUCAAGAAAUGAUUACCCACCUCCCACUCUGCUCAAUUCCAAACCCAAAGAAGGUUUUGGUUAUUGGUGGAGGAGAUGGUGGGGUCCUGCGGGAAGUGGCUCGGCAUUCAUCUGUUGAACAGAUUGACAUAUGUGAAAUAGAUAAGAUGGUUGUUGAUGUUUCUAAAGAAUUUUUCCCUGAUAUAGCAGUUGGGUAUGAGGAUGCUCGUGUAACACUCCAUGUCGGUGAUGGAGUCGCGUUUUUAAAGGAUGUUCCUGCAGAAACAUAUGAUGCAAUUAUAGUAGAUUCUUCUGACCCAAUCGGUCCUGCACAAGAGCUUUUUAAGAAGCCCUUUUUUGAGUCCGUAGCAAAGGCUCUUCGUCCAGGAGGAGUUGUGUGUACUCAGGCAGAAAGUAUAUGGCUUCAUAUGCACAUCAUUGAGGGUAUUGUAGAGAACUGCCGUCAAGUCUUCAAAGGCUCUGUCAACUAUGCCUGGACUACUGUUCCGACUUAUCCUAGCGGGGUGAUAGGUUUCAUGCUUUGCUCUACUGAGGGACCUUCAGUUGACUUCAAGCAUCCAGUGAAUCCCAUAGAUGUUAAUGACGGCAAAUCAAUGGGACCUUUGAAAUUUUACAAUUCAGAGAUUCAUACAGCUGCCUUUUGCUUGCCAUCUUUUGCAAAGAAGGUGAUUGAUUCAAAAGCCUAAUGAAGGAAUUUCGGAGAACACUGAAGGGAGCAGGAGUAAAAGUUUGUUGUAGAGUGACCAGUCUUCAUCCUCACUAAAAUAGUCCAUCUGGCAAUGAGCCAUGGAAUAAGUUGGGGUUUCAAGUUAUUUGCUGAGUUUGUUUUAGCAGGAAGCCUCGUACUUUUAAUGUUGGAGUUUAAAAGAUCAUUCUAUUUUUCCAUUCCAUAAUUAGUAUUGAAAGUAUGCAAAUUUUUUUAAAAGCAAUUCAAAGACCUUAAAAAAUUUUCUUA